CAAGAGCAAAAACUCUCCAAGCUGAGAGCUCUGUUAAACAUUAACCGGUCACAGUGGAAGAGGCCUGACAGGGUGGCAGAAGAGCAGAAGGGGCUCCGGCGUGACUCUGGAGAGCAGGAUCUCACUCCUUCACACAAAGGGCAGGUGUCUGUGUUGCUGAUGAGCUUGUACUGAACAAAUAACUGUGACAAGACUGGAGAACAACAGGACAGAUGACAUGCAAUCCCAGAGAAAGGUGGGGGUAGUGGAUUAUCUAGAUGGCUCCCAGAUUGUGUUCUCUGGUGAAGAACGACAUGUAUCCCAGCAGCUGGCCCUUUCUAAAGGUUUGCCCUGGCCUUCUGCACAACUGCCAUCACAGAAUAUGCCUACUUUGAACAUACAAAACUUGGGUGAUGAAGUACCUGCUCAUGUCGUAACAGAUAUGGAGCUACAAAACCUUUCCUCGUUCAUGAUAAAAGACACUUCUGUUGCAUCUUGCACUACCUCAUUGAGUCCAGUGCCACUAAAUCAGAAAAUGACAGUGAUCAAUGGUGAUGGAUCCCACACCCUGAACUUUGGCUAUGACAGCAUUCCGGCUAGAAAACCCACAUGGGUGAUGGCAUCCAGGGGUCAGCCAGUCAGUAUUAACCCAGAGGGUAUCUUGACACCUUCACUGGACAUGCUUUCCAUGGAUAUGCCUUCCUCUUUGCAUUUGAUGGAAAAUGGAAUAGCAUCUUUUAAUGAGCCUCCUGCUUCCAGCCAACUGACCAAUGGAAUUAGGACUCUGGAAAGUUUAAGAGAAAAUAAUGGCAUCUGUGAAAAUUCUUUAUAUCAAGAUAUUGCUCGUCCUCCUGGAGUGACUGCUUCGCAGUCCUUGGGCAAGCAUCAAGAUGGAGAAAAGUGGGCGAAAUUUGCUGGGAUCGGCCCUGUGGAUGAGACAGGAAUGCCUAUUGCUUCUAGAUCGAGUGUCAAUGAUCCCAGGCACUGGUACCGCAGCAUGUUUAGACAAAUCCACAAAAAACCUGCAGAGCUGGAGUUUGAUUGCGGAAGACCUAUUUUUCCUGAUGGAAUGUCCUGCAACCCAAGAAACACAGCCAGGUUGGACAAAGUGGACAGAGUCUAUGAUGACAGAAGAUUAUUUGGGCUCACACCCUAUGGAUCUCUACCUGAUUGGAGUGACUUGGGAGCUGCCGAGGAGGGCUGUGGAUUGAGCUGUGAGGGGACGGCACCCCCCAAACCUGGGAGCAUCUUUGACUAUGAGCCUGAGCAGAACAUUCAGGAUGGAAAACAGCAUUCUGCUUUUCUAACACAGCGACAAUCUCCACCCAUUGAGGUAGUCCUUGAGAAAGAACUGAAGCAAUUUGAAGUUGAGCUUGACUCCGAUAUUGAAGGCAUACAGAGGCGCCUGUCCCAGAAAAAGCAACUUCGCCGUCUGGGUGAGAACGUGUUGAGCAACUCCCCGGUGAGCACGCAGACCGUCACAGCUGGCGAGCCGGACACAGGAAAUCAGCCAUCAGUGAAUCAGCUGGGGUGUGGCCUCCCACAUGACAAUCUUUGGAGUACAAAGACGACUAGCAACAAGGAUCCACCCCUUAUUGAUAUCUCAAGUGUCUCAACGAAGACCAUGGAGUUUCCACCGAAAAGAGAUGAGAGAAAGAUGAAAGCAGCCCGAGCCAAAUUUGAUUUUCUUGCCCAAUCACCAAAGGAGCUGACUCUCCGAAAGGGAGAUGUGGUGUAUAUCCACAGGCAGGUGGAUGCUAAUUGGCUGGAAGGGGAGCAUCAUGGGAUGGUGGGAAUCUUCCCAGAGAGUUAUGUUGAGAUAAUUCCUGCUUCUGAGAAGCCAACGCCUAUCAAACUACCCACCCUGCAAGUGCUGGAGUAUGGAGAGGCGAUUGCUCUCUUUAACUUCAAGGGAGAUCUGCCAGUGGAGAUGUCUUUUCGCAAGGGGGAACAAAUUUGUCUGAUUCGCCGUGUUGAUGACAACUGGCUAGAUGGGAAGAUUUCUGGCACUUCAAGACAGGGCAUCUUUCCUGCUAGCUAUGUAAAGAUUGUUAAGAUGCCAGUUACCAAAAGCUGUGAUGACUACCCUUUGUCACCUACGGCUAUCCAGCCAGUCUCUACCUCGCUCAGUCCUCAUCAACUCACCCCAUCUAUCCCCCUACAAUCCCCAACCCUUCGCUCUCCAUCUCUUCCUAGCCCUCCCGCCUCUUGGAAUAUUUCAGAGUCCCCAACCUCCAUACCUUUGACUAAUCAUCUCCCUCAGUCUUGCUCCAGUCCCGGUUUUCUCAAAUCACCUACGUCAAAGUUUCCUCCUCCUCCUGACCAACAAGUAAAUCACCUUGCCUCUGGUCCACCCAGAUCUUCUUUGCACUCAAUUUCAAUACAAUCAACAUUGCCUCAAACAUCGACUGCUUUGACUGGUAGCCAACCCAGGCCUACAGCACAGGUAACCAAUCACAACUCUUCUUCCAACCAGAGGACAGGCCCACCAAUAUCAGGACAACAAUUUUUAUCCAAGCAAGAGACUACAAUCCCCCAGGUCAAAACUACGUUGCCAGAAAAUGUAAAAUCACAACAGGGGUCAAUAUCUCCUUCAUCACUUGCUUCUCAACAACCUACAGUUCCAACCCAGAGUCCAAGCUAUUUACAAGGCAAUGGGUCAUUUAUUUCAAUGGAUGCUCUCAAGUCUGUACCUUCCACACAGAUUCCAGCUAAAAAUAACUCAGUGAAGCUUCAGCGACAACCGUUUAGAGCCAUUUAUAACUACACCCCCCAGAACACUGAUGAACUGGAGCUGUGGGAAGGAGACAUUGUACAGGUUAUUGAAAUGUGUGAUGACGGCUGGUUUGUAGGUGUGUCUGAAAGGACCCGGGCUUUUGGUACAUUCCCAGGAAACUAUCUCAUGCCUGUUUGAGUAGAACUAGCUCCUUGAAUGAAACCACUUGCAUUGAAAGCAUUGACACGUGGAUGCCUCGUCACUUCACCUCACCUUACUUCACACUACAAAUUGAGAAUGAUUUUGGGGACCAACACUGCUGACAUCCUUCAACAGACAUUCUUUAAUUUCCAUAAGACCAUGGAAACUGUGAACAUGGUGUGAUUCAAACCUGGAAGAGAAUGCAGGAGCAACUAGAACACUAUCCCUACAGAAUGAGGCUGUUAGGUGAUUUCCAAAACUCCUGAAGAAAAACACUAUAUACACUAUAAGGCUGUCAAAUCUCAAUAUCGUUUCUGAUUUAAAAGAGCUUAUAAUUAGGACCAGUAUGUACCACCUAAACUCUCUUUGCUACACUACUGUGGUAUUACAAAGGUGGCAAUAUUUUGAGAUACUUUUCUUUGAUUGUUAUUUCCACAAGAUAUCAUUGAGACUCUCAUUCUGGAUAUGAUGGCUUGGCACUUUGUACUGGAUUCCUGAUCUUUCUAUAUAAAUAUUUUGAAAACAAAAACAACAAGGUGACUAUUGAGAUGAAGAAUUAUGGAAAAAGUAGCAGGCAGAUUGUAUUGAUUUUGCUUGUGGGACACAAAAAGUCAAGAAUAAUGUCUGGUGGCUGAUGACAGUUGUACCAGACAGAUUUUAAUUUCCUAAUUUCUUACAUCCUGUAGCUGCAGUCUUUUGCCUUGAUGCUGAUGGUGCACAGUAGUGAUUACUGAGGAUUCUGAUGUCUUCUACAUCUCUUGUUACACCCAUUACAGCCCUUCAAUUGAUUAAAUGAAGGUAGAAGAAUACAAACAUGAUAAUCAAAAUCACAAAAUUAGAUGCAUCGUGAUGACUUUGUGCUUCUAAAUAUUGGAGGUAUUGGAGAAAGAAGUUUGAAAACUAGAAUCUGUGGGAACAACUGAUUACAAAGUUGUCACAAUUUGGCCAAAUUUUACAUUUUGUGAUGUUUCUAUUUUUUCCCCACUUUUCAGUUUUGCUCUUUUAUGAAUGACUUUUUACUCUGUUCUGUUUUGGUUAACUUGGGUAUCUUCUGACCCCAUCUUUCUGCUCACCUGCUAAUAUUCUCUACAAUAUUGCUAAAUAUUAUCUUCCACUGUGCACAAAUGGUACUGUGAUGCACUCCUCUCAGAACUUGCCAUUGUAUAUGUACAGUAUGCACAAUGAGUUUUUGAUCCAUCUUUAUGUUUCAUUUACUAUGUUUCCUUGGUGCAUCUGAAACCGUGAUGACAUGUCUUACAAGACACAUCCAGCUGAAUGGUACUUCAUCUGUCCUGCACCUCAAAAACUAUAAAGGACUAUUCAAGCACCUGUCUUAUGUCA